UCCCGACGCAAGACCAACUCCAAGCACUCGCCAUCCAUGGCAGCAGCUUCCGUCGGCGCCACGACAUCGCGAUUGCUGCGACCACACCACGAUCACUCAUUCACUCCCCGGAAUCCUCACCCGGGGGGCUCUUCCUCGUCUUCCUCACGCGCCGUGGAGGCGCGGCCGGUGUCGUCGUGUGAUGGCGGCGCCGAGGAGGACGUGCCCGACCUGGACUCCCCGUGGGUCGCGGCGGCCGAGGCGGAGUCGAGACUGGAGGAGGCCGCGAUCGCCUCGGCUGCGGCAGGACUCACCCUCUGCGCCGAGGACGAGGCAGAGGCGGAGGAGAUACGUGACAACCUGCAGCGGCAGGACGAUGAGCUGAUGGCAUUAGAAGCAAUAUAUGGAGAUGACCUUGUUGAAUUUAAAAGCAGAGGAGGGCUCCGUUAUUUCCAGAUUUACAUACGUUACGAUCUGCCUGAUGGUGCUGACGUGUGCGCUAAGCUUUCUUCCCUUAGUGAAAACUCAAAACAUGGAGGAUGUCCUGAUGGUGGUAGCAAAGACCAUGACAAUGCAUCAGAUGAAUUCUCUUACACUACCAACUUGAAGUACUUGCCUCCUUUGGUGUUGACAUGCUUACUUCCAAAAUCAUAUCCUAGCAAGGACCCACCAUAUUUCACUCUCACCGCUAAAUGGAUGGAUGAGCAUAAUGUUUCUCAACUGUGUGAGAUGCUUGACACCAUCUGUGCAGAGUUGCAGGGGCAAGAAGUGGUUUAUCAAUGGGUUGAGUGGAUACACAACUCUUCAUUGUCACAUCUCUGGUUUGAUGGCAAAAUAAUGUUAGGCCAAGACAUCCCAACACCCAAAGGAGAUACGCGUGCAAUCUCAAGGAGUGUAUCAUUAGAGUCUGUGAUCCCCUCAAUGCUCAGCUACUGUAGUAAGAAGCAUUACCAAGCUUUUCUUGAGGAUCUCCAUAUGUGCAUGAUAUGCCUCAACCAGAGCAAAGGUUCAAACUUCAUCAAGCUUCCAUGCCAGCACCUGUUUUGUGUGAAGUGCAUGGAGACAUUGUGCAGAAUGCAUGUGAAGGAAGGGAGUGUGUUCCAGUUGGUAUGCCCUGACACCAAGUGCAAUGCUUCCAUUCCACAACAUGUCUUAAAGAGGCUUCUUAGCGAAGAAGAAUUUGAACGCUGGGAUAGGCUUGCUCUUGAGAAAGCGUUGGACUCGAUGGCUGACGUGGUUUUCUGCCCAAAGUGUGUAAUUGGUUGCGUGGAAGACGAGGAUAACACUGCGCAGUGUCCAAAGUGUUCCUUCAUCUUCUGCUCGUUUUGUAAGGAGCUCUGGCAUCCAGGGAAGCAGUGCCUAACUCCAGAGCAAAAGAUCCAGCACAGGAAGGCAUCGGGCAGGAUGAGUGAGAGGGAGAUGGCGCAAGAACUGCUGAACAUUAAAGAACUAUACAAAGAUGUUCGGUUAUGUCCCCAUUGUCGGAUGGCGAUCAGCAAAACUGCAGGCUGCAACAAAAUGACGUGUGUCAGCUGUGGGAAAUACUUUUGCUUCCGCUGUGGCAAGCCAGUCAGUGGCUACGAUCAUUUCAAGGAUUGCAAGCUCUUUGAGGCUAGGGAUAUUGCAGAAUGGGAGAGAGAAAUGGACCAAGUACAAAUAGGUAACCAGAUACGAGCCCAGCAGAAGCCAUUAGGUGGCAUCUUAAGAUGCCCAAAAUGCGGUGAGAGAAAUUUCAAGGAUGACGAGAAAUAUCUAUUUUGUUGGGCGUGCCGAGCCAGCUAUUGUCAACUGUGCAAACGGGUGGUCGAUAAUAAGAGGAUGAAGAGCGAGCAUUGGGGAUCGAUUGAGUGUCUGGGGCUUGAUAAAUUCUAGUAUUACAUACGUAUUCUCACCGUCACAUUUCUUGCAACUCUAGGUCGAGUUUGCGAUUACUAAACCAAAGCUAUGGUGAACUGUAUAAUUUGAUCGUGAAAAUGUGUGAAAUAUGGGAGAAAUGGUCAAUCAGCAAAAUGAUUGAAAUAGGUGGAAUCUACUUACACUAACGAAAUUAUCACAAUCCUUCUGAACAUGAGACAG